AUGGAGCUGCGCGGCGACGCCGUCGCCACGGCGCGGCGGGACGCGCUGCACCGCACCCUCUACCUCCGCCGCGAGUACGCCCUCGUCGCGCGGUGCGGGGAGUUCGACGAUGUCCUGCUGGUUCCGCCCCAGAACGACUCUGGCAGACCGGGCGACUGCUGGAGGGGGCUGGUGGCUGUGCGGGGCUUCCCGUCGCCGUGGUACCGCGGCGUCUUCAGCUUUCUUGUCUGGCUGCCGCCGAAGUACCCCUUCGAGGCGCCGUCAGUGCGCCUGGAGACGCCCCUUAAGAGCCACCCGCUCCUCCUCGACGACGGCGAGGGGAGAAGGUGCGUCGUCCCGUUUGACGACAUUUACGUGGCGCUCGAUCCGAUGCGUGUCUCCGUGAUGGCGCGGCUGCUGCACCACGUGCGCUCCAUCUUUUUCCCCUCGGAUUGGGCGGCGACGACGACGCCCGCGCCGCCGGUCAACAAGGCGCUCGCCCGACACGACGUAGAGCGGCGCAGCGUGACGCAGGAGGUGGUGUUGGGGAAGCCCUACGUGGACUAUCUCUCCCGCGAGGCGGUGGCCUUCUUCUCCAACCCCGACCACUUCAAGCACGGCGACGCCCGCAUGGACGCCUCGGGGGCUGAGGAGGCGUGGGAAAAGGCGUUUUCUCUCUGGCUGGGCCGCUCAUGGCUCCCCGCCGUCCGUCUUUUGCAGUGA